UCUUCACCGUUCAUCUACCGCCGGUCUGUCUUCCCGCCAUCACGAAGAAGAAAAAUGUUGAUCGAAUUGCCGAGAUUAACGAACUCUCUCAGGGAUCCAUUCGACGCCGAUAAAGCUUAUCUCAAUCGGAAACAUAUUCUUCAAUCACUCAACAGUCGUCGGAGCUCCGCAAAAUCACUUGAGGAAUUCGAAGUUGCUCGAAAGAUUGUUCAUCGAUGGGACGAAGCUUCUAUCGAAGUCCGCCAAGCAUACAGACAGUUUGUUGGGGCCGUGGUUGAGUUGAUUGAUGGAGAAGUAGUCAAUGAGGAGUUCAAAGAGGUGGCUUUGGCAGUGUAUAGGCUUUUUGGUGCUUGUGUUGAGGAGGAAGAAGAGAACAGAAGGAUCAUAGAGAAGAAAUCUGAACUGCAAAAACUACUUGGUCAUGAUGUUCCGGAUGCAAAGCUACAGAAACUUGUUAAUGCUGUGGAAAGUCUUUCCAGUUUACAGCCAGACAACCAUGAGGCAAUGUCUUUGGCUGAAAGCCAAGUAAACGGGAGUGACGGUAGUCAAGAAUUUGGCGCUAACUUGGUUUUUCACCACCCGACCCGGUUCUUGGUUGAUGCUUCUUUCGAGGAUGGAGAAAUGUGGGGGGAGUGUACAAAUGUUCCUUCUACCUCGCUUCAUGGGGAAUGGUAUGAUCAUAGCGAGAGCUCAAAGCAUCGUCCUGUUGGUGGAACAUUUGAUCUAGGAUGGUUAAGAGAUGAAUGCAAUAGAAUAUUAAAUGGUAGUACUUCUCAGCUUCCUCAAGAUGAACUAGCAAUGGCUAUUUGCCGGGUACUUGAUUCAGACAAGGCUGGUGAUGAGAUAGCUGGCGAUUUGUUGGAUUUAGUUGGUGACGGUGCAUUUGAAACGGUUCAAGAUCUUAUAUCGCAUAGGAAGGAACUUGUUGAUGCCAUUCAUCAUGGGAUGCUGAACUUAAAAUCUGAAAAGGUGGUUUCUAGCUCUCAACCGCGCAUGCCUAGCUACGGUACUCAGGUUACUGUUCAAACAGAGUCAGAAAGGCAAUUUGAUAAACUAAGACGCAAAGAAGAGAAGAAACAUAAACGUGCAACAGAUCAUGGGUUUGACACCGAGUUAUCUGUUACGAGUUUUAGUUCUUUACUUCAAGCAAGUGCGAAGAAAAGCCCCUUUGAUGAUCUGAUUGGACAUGGUGAAGGGUCCAACACAUUAGCAGUUACCGCGCUUCCUCAGGGAACUACUAGGAAGCAUCAUAAGGGAUAUGAAGAAGUUUCGAUUCCACCAACACAGACUGCACCCAUGAAGCCUGGAGAGAAACUGAUUGAAAUAAAGGAGUUGGAUGAAUUUGCACAAGCUGCUUUCCAAGGCUACAAGUCACUCAACCGUAUUCAGAGCAGAAUAUUCCAAACAACUUACCAUACUAAUGAGAACAUUCUGGUUUGUGCUCCAACAGGAGCUGGCAAAACAAAUAUAGCUAUGAUUGCUGUUCUGCAUGAGAUUGGACAGCACUUCAAAGAUGGUUAUUUGCAUAAAAAUGAGUUUAAGAUAGUUUAUGUUGCUCCUAUGAAGGCAUUAGCUGCUGAAGUUACCAAGGCAUUUAGCCAUCGAUUAGCUCCACUGAACAUGGUUGUGAAAGAACUUACUGGCGACAUGCAGCUUUCUAAAAAUGAACUCGAAGAAACUCAGAUGAUCGUGACAACACCUGAGAAAUGGGAUGUAAUUACUCGUAAGAGCAGUGACAUGUCACUUUCGAUGCUGGUAAAGCUCUUAAUUAUCGAUGAAGUACAUUUGCUGAAUGAUGAUAGAGGGCCUGUAAUAGAAGCAUUGGUGGCUCGAACUCUUCGUCAGGUGGAAUCCACACAGUCCAUGAUCCGUAUUGUGGGCCUUUCAGCUACUCUUCCCAAUUAUAUGGAGGUUGCACAAUUCUUGAGGGUUAAUCCAGAUGCAGGCCUCUUCUUCUUUGAUUCUAGCUACCGUCCUGUGCCUCUAGCACAGCAAUAUAUUGGAAUUACAGAGCCAAACUUUCAAGCACGGAAUGAACUGUUGAAUGAAGUUUGCUACAAAAAGGUUGCCGAUUCAUUGAAGCAAGGGCAUCAAGCUAUGGUGUUUGUUCAUUCUCGGAAAGACACUGGGAAAACAGCUGAUAAACUGGUUGAACUUGCCCGGAAAUAUGGAGAGCUUGAACUCUUUAAGAAUGAGGAACAUCCUCAGUUUCAUUUGGUCAAGAUGGAGGUUUCAAAGUCUAGGAACAAAGAGCUCGUUCAACUAUUUACAUCAGGAGUUGGCAUCCAUCAUGCAGGGAUGUUGCGUGCUGAUAGAGGCUUGACUGAGCGGCUUUUCUCUGAUGGAUUGUUGAAGGUCCUUGUUUGUACAGCAACUUUGGCAUGGGGAGUAAAUCUACCUGCACACACUGUUGUGAUUAAGGGGACUCAAUUGUAUGAUCCAAAGGCUGGUGGAUGGCGAGAUCUCGGUAUGCUGGAUGUUAUGCAGAUUUUUGGACGUGCCGGAAGACCUCAGUUUGAUAAAAGUGGUGAAGGCAUUAUUAUUACGUCUCAUGAUAAGUUAGCAUACUAUCUGCGACUUUUGACAAGUCAGCUUCCCAUUGAAAGUCAGUUCAUUAGCUCUUUGAAAGAUAACUUAAAUGCGGAGGUGACGUUGGGAACUGUGACAAAUGUGAAGGAAGCUUGUGCAUGGCUCGGAUAUACAUACCUUUUCAUAAGGAUGAAAAUGAAUCCUUUGGCAUAUGGUAUUGGAUGGGAAGAGGUUAUUGCAGAUCCUUCACUGGGUUUGAAGCAAAGGGCUCUUGUUGCAGAUGCUGCACGUGCUCUUGACAAAGCUAAAAUGAUGCGCUUUGAUGAAAAAAGUGGGAACUUCUAUUGUACUGAACUUGGUCGCAUUGCUAGUCACUUUUAUAUUCAGUAUUCUAGUGUUGAGACAUACAAUGAGAUGCUGAGACGCCAUAUGAGUGAUAGUGAGAUAAUUGACAUGGUUGCUCAUUCUUCGGAAUUUGAAAAUAUUGUUGUUCGAGAGGAGGAGCAAAAUGAAUUAGAAACAUUGGCUCGCACGGUCUGUCCAUUAGAAGUUAAGGGUGGUCCCUCAAAUAAACAUGGGAAAGUAUCUAUUCUAAUUCAGAUAUACAUAUCGCGAGGGUCUAUUGAUGCAUUUUCCUUGAUUUCUGAUGCGUCAUACAUUAGUGCAAGCUUGGCUCGUAUUAUGAGGGCUCUUUUUGAAAUUUGUUUGCGUAGAGGAUGGUGUGAGAUGACUUCCUUCAUGUUGGAGUAUUGCAAGGCUGUGGAUCGUCAAAUAUGGCCCCACCAGCAUCCACUCAGACAAUUUGACAGGGAUAUAUCAUCAGAAAUAGUUCGGAAGCUAGAAGAACGAGGGACUGACUUGGAUCAUCUUCAAGAGAUGCAGGAGAAGGAGAUUGGAGCUAUGAUCCGUUAUGCACCUGGAGGAAGGGUGGUGAAGCAAUAUUUAGGAUUUUUCCCAUCAAUCCUGUUGUCUGCUACAAUAAGUCCCAUCACCAGAACUGUUCUAAAGGUAGAUCUGGUUAUCACUCCAGACUUUGUGUGGAAAGAUCGCUGGCAUGGUGCUGCACAACGUUGGUGGAUUCUUGUUGAGGAUUCAGAGAAUGAUCAUAUCUACCACUCGGAGCUUUUUACAUUGACCAAGCGAGCAGCAAAAGGGGAACCACAGAAGCUUUCUUUCACUGUGCCAAUAUUUGAACCACAUCCUCCUCAAUACUACAUUCGUGCUGUUUCUGAUUCUUGGUUGCAGGCUGAGGCUUUCUAUACAAUAUCUUUUAAGAACCUUGCCUUGCCAGAGAGCCACACAACACACACUGAACUUCUAGAUCUGAAGCCACUUCCUGUGACUGCACUUGGUAACAAGGCAUACGAAGCAUUGUACAAGUUUUCACACUUUAAUCCUAUUCAAACUCAGGCUUUUCAUGUUUUAUAUCACACACAGAACAACAUUCUCUUAGGAGCUCCAACUGGAAGUGGGAAAACUAUAUCUGCAGAGCUCGCUAUGCUUCAUUUAUUCAAUACAUCCCCUGAUAUGAAGGUUAUCUACAUAGCACCUUUAAAGGCCAUCGUUCGAGAAAGAAUGAAUGAUUGGAAGAAUGGCCUUGUCUCUAAACUUGGAAAGAAGAUGGUUGAAAUGACUGGUGAUUACACGCCAGAUAUGAUGGCUCUGAUGUCAGCAGAUAUCAUAAUAUCUACUCCUGAAAAGUGGGAUGGUAUUAGUCGCAAUUGGCACAGUCGAAGCUAUGUCACGAAGGUUGGUCUUAUGAUUUUGGAUGAGAUUCACCUACUUGGUGCUGAUCGUGGACCUAUACUGGAGGUCAUCGUCUCAAGGAUGAGAUACAUAUCAUCACAAACGGAGCGGCCUGUUCGGUUUGUUGGCUUGUCAACAGCAUUAGCAAAUGCCCAGAAUCUGGCUGACUGGUUGGGUGUUGAGGAAAUUGGUCUGUUCAAUUUCAAGCCAAGUGUAAGGCCUGUGCCUCUUGAAGUUCAUAUACAGGGUUAUCCAGGGAAGUUCUACUGUCCAAGAAUGAAUAGCAUGAAUAAGCCCACCUAUGCUGCCAUAUGCACUCACUCACCUACCAAACCGGUUCUAAUUUUUGUUUCAUCUCGUCGGCAGACGAGGCUUACUGCAUUAGACCUCAUUCAGUUUGCAGCUUCAGAUGAACAUCCAAUACAGUUUCUGGCCAUGCCAGAGGAAGCACUACAGAUGAUUCUUUCUCAGGUCACUGAUCAGAAUCUGAGGCACACACUACAAUUUGGUAUCGGGUUACACCAUGCAGGAUUGAAUGACAAAGAUAGAUCACUGGUUGAGGAACUAUUUGCAAACAACAAGAUUCAGAUAUUGGUUUGCACAAGUACAUUAGCUUGGGGGGUAAACCUUCCGGCUCAUCUCGUUAUAAUAAAGGGAACAGAGUAUUUUGAUGGAAAAGCAAAGCGUUAUAUUGAUUUCCCUAUCACCGACAUCUUGCAAAUGAUGGGCCGAGCAGGUCGUCCACAGUAUGAUCAACAUGGGAAAGCCGUAAUUCUUGUGCAUGAACCCAAAAAAAGCUUCUAUAAAAAGUUUCUUUAUGAACCAUUUCCGGUUGAAAGCAGCCUUAGAGACCAGCUUCAUGAUCACAUCAAUGCUGAGAUAGUUUCUGGAACAAUUUCUCACAAGCAGGACGCAGUACAUUAUUUAACCUGGACGUAUCUGUUCCGAAGGCUGAUGGUUAAUCCGGCUUAUUAUGGAUUGGAGGAUUGUGAUCCUGAAAGUCUAAGUUCUUACUUAUCCAGCCUAGUACAGAACACAUUUGAAGAUUUGGAAGAUGGUGGAUGCAUCAAGAUUAACGAAGAAAAUGUGGAGCCUUUAAUGUUAGGCUCAAUAGCAUCACAAUAUUAUCUGAAGUACCUGACAAUUUCCAUGUUCGCUUCAAAUAUAGGGCCAGAUACCACUCUUGAAGUCUUCCUUAAUGUAUUGUCUGCUGCUUCUGAAUACAACGAACUUCCUGUCCGUCAUAAUGAGGAAAAUUAUAAUGAAGCGUUGUCUGCUAAAGUUCCAUAUGCAGUUGACAAGAAUCGACUUGAUGAUCCACAUGUUAAAGCAAAUUUGCUUUUUCAGGCACAUUUUUCUCAAGUAGAACUGCCAAUCAGCGACUAUUACACAGACUUAAAGUCAGUGUUGGAUCAGAGUAUACGUAUUAUUCAAGCCAUGAUAGACAUAUGUGCAAAUAGUGGGUGGCUCUCGAGCUCCGUUACUUGUAUGCAUCUUCUGCAGAUGGUCAUGCAGGGUAUGUGGUUUGAGAGGGAUUCUCCCCUAUUGAUGCUGCCAUGCAUGACUCAAGACCUUGUCAGUUUAUUGCAAAAAGGAGGAAUUUCGAACAUACAACAACUAUUAGAUCUCCCGAAGUCGACUAUGCAGUCUAGAUUUGGAAAUAGCGCUCCUAGACUACAGCAGGAUCUACAGCAUUUUCCACGUAUUCAAGUCAAGCUCAAAGUUCAAGGAAGGGAUGUUGGCAGCGACAACAAUCCCAGUCUCAACAUUCGGUUGGAGAAAUCCAACCGCAGAAAAACAUCAAGAGCUUUUACCCCACGUUUCCCGAAGUUAAAAGAUGAAGCAUGGUGGUUAGUUCUCGGCAACACUUCCACCUCCGAAUUACAUGCUCUUAAAAGAGUUUCCUUCACGGAUCGUCUAGUUACCCGCAUGAAGUUACCACAUACCACAACUAGUUUACAGGGAAUGAAGCUGCUUCUCGUUUCAGAUUGUUAUCUCGGAUUUGAUCAAGAAUACUCGAUUGAAGAAAUUAUGGAGCCUUAGUUUAGCAACGGUAAAUAUGCUGUAGUAAUUCGUUAAUCACAGGAAUCGGAAUCCGUAGUCGGGUAGUAAAAUAUAGACGUGCCGAAAGGCCAAAACCGUUUUUAUUCAUAUAUAUUUAAAUCAGUGGAUAGAUUAUCUUUCAAGUGUUGUGCACAAAAAAUAAAACUCAUUUGAGGUCAUUUAGCUAUGUAAGCUUAAAUGAAUUUUCAAUUAAAUUUA